CAAACUAAAUCCACACCAAAACUUCCUUGAUCUAAUAAUGCUCCCUUCUUUUCAGAUAUCUUAUUAAUUUCUCUCCUAUUAAUCAUCGUCAUUAUAACCUCUAAUAUAAGUAAGUGGUACUCUAGUACCAAGCCGAACCAAGCAAAAGUAGAAGUUUAAUUCUCAAAAAGAGAAGCAAUAAAUGGAUCGCAUAGCAAAAUUGGCAUCACAAAAGGCAGUGGUUAUAUUCAGCAAGAGUUCGUGUGGGAUGAGCCAUGCGAUAAAGAGGUUGUUCUACGAGCAAGGGGUUGGACCGGCAAUUUGCGAGCUAGACGAGGAUUCAAGGGGUAAGGAAAUGGAGUGGGCUCUGGUGAGGCUAGGGUGCAACCCUUCAGUCCCGGCAGUGUUUAUCGGAGGCAAGUUUGUGGGUUCAGCCAACACCGUCAUGACCCUUCACCUCAAUGGCUCACUCAAGAGAAUGCUCAGAGAUGCCGGUGCUCUAUGGCUCUAGAAAACUAAGACUAGUGCAAUACAAUUCAAAGUUGCAAACAUUCAAACACGGCCUUAUCAGAAGAUAAUUUAGUUGCACUAUAACCGAACCCCUUCCCCGCCCCUAUCCCUCCACCCCUCUUUUUUUUUUUGUUUAUAGAGAAAAGAUAAAUAGGUUACUGACCUUUUGUCCGGCAGAUAUUUUUGUUUUUGACCAUUAAAAAAUACUUUUAAGUCCCUGACAUUUACAAAAUUUGGACGGAUCAGUCCUGACGGAGGUAUUUGAACGGAGGGACUGAUUCAUCCAAGUUUUUUAAAGGUCAAGUACUUAAAAGUAUUUUUCAAUGGUCAGAAACAAAAAUGUCUACCUAACAAAAGGUCAGGGACCUAUUUAUGUUUUUCUCUUGUUUAUUUGAUACCCUGGCGCGGCUUUAAUUUUGGAAUCUGCAUUUCACCAAAAUAUAUAUAAUCUCCGAAGAGCGUUUUCCAAUA